GGCGCGCGCGCAUUGCAGUGUUGGGCGGGAAACUUACAGACGUCCGUAUAUUGUUUAUUGGUGUGCAGCGGCUUAUUUAAAAGUUAAUAUCUAGUGAAAUUCAAUUAAAUAGUACUCGUAAAGAUGUGGCGGCAUUUAUUCUGUAUUGUGUCUGUAAUAAUUUAUGGUGAUGCAAUAAAAGUACCUGUUGAUUAUAAUUAUGAGAAUGCUACAGAAUUAUCAAUAGUGAACACCAACGCAACACCUGAGAGUCCUGUUUACGCCUCUUCAGGUGAAGACAAUUUGGACAGUUAUCUUAUACCUCCAGAUCCACAUAAGCCGGGGGAAGUACUGACAGAUAUAGUAACACCAGCGACGUAUCUUCUACCUCCAUCGGCAGAGAAAGCAACAGAUUAUUAUUAUACUCCUACAGAACCUGGAGAACAAAGUGAUUGGUACCCAAUACACGUACAACCACAGAGCAUAUCUAGCAAAUUGUUGUCUCAGAGGCCAGAACGUGGUAUGAUUCCAAUUUUUCUGGCUGACAGUAGCGAGUCUAAAAAUUUUCCUGUAAAACAGAAACUAAGAACAGCGAAAGCUCUCAUUCUAGAACAUUCAGCCGUACCAGUACCAUCAGAUCGAUUAGAACCUCCAUUAAUAAAUGCUCCUAAUGAAUAUACGAUAUCAACUCCUUCGGAUAUUUUGCAGUUGCCUGUGGAACAAAUAAAUCAGCAGUUCGUCCCAGACUACUCACGAAUCAAAGACACGAAACAGGUAAACCCCAUUAUUGUGAACAAUGAAAAUAUUAUUUUGAGGAUUAAACAUGAAAAUCCGACAUUAGUUUCGCAUCUAGUUCCACCGAAGCCAGCAAUUGCGAAAUAUAAAAACCCAACUAAACUAUACCCAAAGAAGUUUCCUGGGACUUUCAAACCGGUUCCAAUUCCAAUAAUACAAUUCUCCGAAGACAGUUUGGUAGAAGUACCUAGAGCUAAGCCAGCACAGCCUUUUCGACCAGCGACAAUAGCAAAUGAAGAAGGAAUAUACGAUUAUGGAAAUCCUGAGGAGAAAAAGAGAUUCUUGUACGAACAAGCGGAGUUGAAGAGACAAUUGAAAAAUGAAGAAGUUACUAAUGAUAAUGAACAUCAGCCGGUUGUGGCGGACACAUAUGGUGAAACAGGACCUGCAGAGCCAGAAACUUCUGAAACUCACCACAGAUAUCCAGAACGGAACAUAUAUCCUGCACCACUGAGGCAGGCGCCACCGCCGGUACCCCAGAAUGACCCCAACGCGCCUCCGGCUUCUGACGAUCGAACAGAAUUCCGCAUGCACGGCAUGAAGGGACCGCAUAGCUACCAGUUUGGAUAUGACACGGGGAAAGGAAAGAAUCGUCAAUUCCGAUACGAGGAACGAGACAAUGAUGGAAUCGUGAAGGGCCACUACGGAUAUAUGGAUAAACGCGGAAAACUUCGUGUAGUCAAUUACAGGGCUCACCCGGAACACGGUUUCCAGGCUGACGCACCCGUAGAAAAGGAGUGAUGGAGUUAAUAAUACGCGUGUUCAAUCUAUGACAAAAUGGACUUCAAUUGUAUUGUUAAGGAUAAUUAAAAAAAACCUACUGGUGAUAUCUUGAUCUUAAGAAAGAAUAAUUAAAAUCGGUUCGAGUACAAAAAGAUCAGAGGUAAUACAGAAAAAUACAGCCGAGUUAAGAAUCUCUUCCUUUUGUUGAGGUCUGUUGAAAAUGCAGUUAAGUGAAUACUUUUUAUGGACAUUGCAUUGCUUUUAUUGUAUAUAAAUAUCGUGCUCCGAUGAAACAACUGUACAUAAGUAUUAAUAGCAUUUUUUGUAAAUAUAUUGCUUGCAAAAACAGUAACACGUUUUUAACAAAAAUAAUCAGUAUUGUAUGCUGUAAAUUAAUUUACGAGACAAUGAUGAAAAUUAAUGUGAAUGUGUAGAAGUUUAGUAUAAGUUUGCGUUUUAAGUGAUUUUUACAUACAGUUGACAGCAGCGGCUAUAUAUAUAAUGUAUCAAUAUAUAGUUUAAGUACCUAUAUAUUGAAAAGAAUAUAAUAUAAUUGGAUAAGAAUUACGACUUGGGUAAUUCGUAAUUCAUAGAAAUAGAAAUAAAAAUAUAGAAUAAUAGGAGAAAAUUUGCACCAAAAUGUGGUUACGUAAAGUAAUUAAAUACAGUUAAAAUUAAGUGUCAUACUAAGUUCAAUAAGUGUAAUUUAUAACUUGUAU